GGUCCCAUAAACGGUUCACGAGAUCUAGUAAAAACCAAAUUUCCAAAAAUUCAAUUUAAAUUCUCCCUCCUUCCCCUUUCAAACGGCUAUCUCUCUCUCUCUCUCUGCUGUUCCUCUUUGUUUCUCUCUCUAAAGCACUCCAAGCUGUCUCUCCUCGUGCACAAAUUCUCUUCUUACCUCGCCUCCAACACGAAGAAUUUCGUGAUGCCUAGAAAUCAAAUCUUGAGAGAAAAUCAUGAAAUUGUUUCAGCAUCUCCUAACCCUAAAUCGAGGCCGACCACACAAAGCCCUAGCAGUCGGAAGCUCAAAUCAAACAAGGAGAAUGCGCCUCCAACGCCAGCAUCAGAUACAAACUCCAUGGGAUCAUCUUCCGCUGCCAAGAAGAGUUCUCUCCCCCCUCGGCCGCCACUCAAGCGCAAGCUCAGUGUCGAGCCCGUGGCAUCUGAAAAUUGUGGGGCAGCUGCUAAUUCUCUAGAUUCUGGAGUGAAGAUUGAUAUAUUCGAACUCGUAGGUGCACCACUAGUUGAAAAUUGUCUUGCUGGGUUCAAUAGCUCUGUCUUUGCAUAUGGGCAGACUGGUAGCGGGAAGACAUACACCAUCUGGGGUGCAUCCAACGCCUUGUUGGAGGAAGAACAUCAGGGCCUAGCACCACGUGUAUUCUGCAGGCUAUUUGAACGGAUUGCUGAGGAGCAAACCAGACAAGCUGAUAGACAACUGGUGUAUAUGUGCCGUUGUUCUUUCCUUGAGAUAUACAAUGAACAAAUAACUGAUUUGUUGGAUCCAAGUCAAAAGAAUCUCCAGAUAAGAGAAGAUGCCAAAAUGGGUGUUUAUGUAGAAAAUCUAAGAGAGGAGUGUGUAACCUCUAUGAAGGAUGUGUCACAGCUUCUGAUAAAGGGGUUGUCAAACAGAAAAACCAGUGCCACAUGUGUGAAUGCUGAAAGCUCUCGUUCCCACAGUGUUUUCACAUGUGUGGUUGAAUCACGUGGCAAGAGUGCAACCGAUGGUUUAAGCCGCUUGAAAAUGAGCAGGAUCAAUUUUGUUGACCUUGCUGGAUCUGAGAGACAAAAGCAAACAGGUGCAGCUGGAGAACGCUUAAAGGAAGCAGGGAAUAUUAACCGCUCACUUUCACAACUAGGGUAUGUUUCGCCUCCAACUUCACUGAACAACGUGAUAGUAAAUGAUAGUUUAUGCCUUUAUAUAUGGGAACUGAAAUGCAGUUAA